CAAAUUUUCUCUCCAGAAAAGUACAUAACAAAGAAUGUGACAUAAAAGACAUCUCGAAAUAUUCAUGCAAAUAUGAGGUUUUAUACAAUAAUAUAAAAUCAGGAAGAUGUAAUGAUUGAACGACCGACUGGCACAGGAAAAAACCCCAUUAAAUUCAAGUCCAAUAUCUUUCGCUCGUGUAAUAUACAGGAAAUGCUAGCUACAUGUAAAUAUUUCCUUAAAAUAUUUAAACAGACGAGGAAUGUCAAAAACCAACAUUUAUUUUUGAAUUAUGAGAUAUCUUCUUAUGGUCUCCGCUCUCUUAGAAUUUCUGAAACUGAUUAGAUUGUCUUUCUCGUCAAACUGCAGUGGAUUGGGUGGUACUAAGGUUUGCUGCGCUGGUUACGUUUGGAACAAUGCUGUAGGCAAUUGUACCCCUUGUACUCUGGGCUUUCAUGGACCAUAUUGCAAUGUUCCCUGUGCAUACCCAUCUUUUGGAAAAGACUGUCAGUCCUGGUGUUACUGCAGUAAAUCUAAUUGCAACCAUCAGUUGGGUUGUAGGAAAAAUCCACAAGAUUGUGGCGUCGGAUUUUAUGGAAACUUUUGCGAGAAACGUUGCAGAUAUCCAAAUUUUGGGUUUAUGUGCCAAGAACACUGCAAAUGUGAACAGGAUAUGUGCCAUUUUGAAAAAGGAUGUAAACAUACUGUAACAAAAUCAGUCACUACAGAUAUUGUAUAUCUUAUACGUCCAUCUGACAGUUCUACAGUUCUCAUCAUCGUUGAUAAAUCCGUGGGAAACAAUACUGUUCCUGUAAUAUCCACAACAAGUGUUCAAGUUUCAGAGGAGCAUACAAGCAAUAACAUCGUUACACCAGAUUUUAACAGAAAUCACUUCUGGUUAACGACAGGAACCCUUUCCCCGAUGGCUGCAGGUAUCAUUGGUCUUGAUGUGGUCGCUGUCGUAUUAUUAUUUAUCUAUGCUGGCACAUUUUGUUUUGAAGAAAGUGAUAGGAAUAUAGGAUCAAUGGAGAUCUGAAAUACCUCAAGAUUAAUUAUCUUUAACUACAGAAUUGCUUAUAGAAUAUGUAAAUAUACACAUUUUAUCUAUGAAAAAAUUAACUGCUGACUAUGAAAAAUGCUGUUUCUUUUUAGAGAUUAUAAAAAACAGUAGUGUACAAAAAUAAAAUAAAUAAAAACAUGAAUAUGUGUGUAAACUGUUUUGCUUGAAACAAUUGUGUGUGCAUCAGUACAUUUGAAAUUUACAUCCCUUGUUUAAUUUCAUAUCAACUAAGGAAAUAGCAACCUUUCAGGUACGAGGGAUGCAAAUAUUUUAUCCCGGACAUAAAUGUGUUUUUCUGGGAACAUACAUGUUUCUGUUACAACAUAUAUUUCAACCUGUUCAUAUAUUUUUAUGAUAAUUAAUUAUUAUUAAUAUAUUGCAGCUAAAGGAAGU